AAUAUCUCGUCUCAAUACUGCUGCGAUAUUUUGAAUUAGUAUUUUUUUCCGCGAGAUCAUAUGGAGUAUUUUGAUUUACAAGCCAAGGACUAGAGUGUCGAUAAUGAAUCAUUUACAAAAUGGCUCUCCAGCAUUAGAUAUGAAAAGAAUCGAAGCUGCAAAAGCUAAUCGUCAGUUGCAGCUUGAAAACUGGAGGAAUUAUGAGCGACAAAUGCAGACAUCAGAUAAACAUCCAAAGAACAUUCGUCCUCGUAAAUCACAUCAUUUAAACGUGAAAUUUACCGAUAACUGCGUUCUACUUGAUGCUACUCUCCGUGGAGAUUGUGAGGAAGUUGAAUAUUUGCUUUCACAUGGAAUAAAUCCAAAUAUAUCUAAUGUCGACGGACUGACAGCUUUACAUCAAGCAUGUAUAGAUAAUGAUAGUGUUUUAUGCAAUCUUUUGCUUAACUAUGGUGCAAAUGUGAAUGCCCGCGAUGCAGAUCUGUGGACACCUUUGCAUGCUGCUUCUACAUGUGGUUAUUUACAAAUCUGUCAGUUGUUAAUCAAACGCGGUGCAGAUUUGAAGGCUUGCAAUGCGGAUGGAUUAAUUCCCUAUGAUAUAUGUGAUGAUGAAAAAACGUCAGAUUUUCUUCAAAGUCAAAUGCAUAAGUUUGGUAUAUCACCUGAAGAUAUCGAAGAAGCUCGUUCUGCACCAGAAAUGAAAAUGCUCUCAGAUCUCAAAGCAGCGCGUUUAAAAAGAUACAAUUUAAACAUACUAGACGCACAAGGUGCUGCUCCAAUUCAUGUUGCUGCAGCUUGUGGAUAUUGUGAGGUCGGCCUCUUUUUACUCCAGUCUGGUGUAGAUCCUAACAGUUUAGACGCAGAUGGAUGGACACCUUCUCAUGUUGCUGCUUGCUGGGGUGAACUGGAAAUGAUCAGGUUACUUGUGUCCCAUGGAGGUGAUCUUACUAUACCAACGCCAGAUGGUAGGACAGCAUUCACAAUAUGCGAUAAUGACGAAACUCAUGAUGAAGUCUGCACAAUUUGGAAUAUGAGAGAAAAACUUAGAUCAUGUGCCAAAUUAAUGGAUUCAAAUGCUUCUGUCAAACCUUUUCGACGCAGAAGAAGAUUCUCUACUAAAUUGAAGUUCUUGUGUUUCUUCUUAGUGGAUCUUUAAUUCAUCGGAGCUCACUCAGAGAUAAGUCAAAUUUAUCAAGACGUGAAGCGAAAGAAGAAGCUCAGUUCGCUCACUCAUCUUCAAUAUGCUUAACUGAUGUACCAUCUGGUUACGAAAAAGAUGACCGAACCCGACAUGAAAAUUUCGACAUUAUUACGGGCGAUAGAAAUAUUUUGCACACUUCUGCCUUUUUCAAAAACAGUAAUCUAACUGGUUCACCGAAACCAAGAAAACAAAAGUCACUAACAUCUAAUCAAAUUGAUGACAGAAAACGUGAUUCACGUUUUUCUGUUCCAUUGAAUUCAGAUGAUUAUGAAUGCACAUCAGAAGAAUACACACAUUCUGUUGAUAAUACUAUGCGUAAUUCUCAGAUAAAGGAAUUGAAAGUUCGAAAUGAUUUCCCCAAUCAACGGGAGAUUACAAUUUUAUCGACUCCUGACACUGAUUUAAAGAGUAAAUAUACUAAUGGUCAAACAACAACCAUGGAAAAACGUGGUCAUAUUGAAUCAAUGUGCUCUUCUAAUGAUUCUAACUCAAUCAUUCAGUCAAAUAGUUUGAAAUAUCUGACAGACAGAGAAGUUCAUAUUAAUAGUACGAAUUAUCCAUACAAGAACACUUUCUCUAGCGAACUGUCAUUACCGCAAUAUAUUGAUCAAGAUAGAAUAACUGACAAUUCUCAGCAUUCCUUCAUUCGUCAAGAAUGUUGUCGAAGAUGUACAAUACUAUAGUUUAAUAGUUCCCUUUUAUUAUUAUAUGAAACAAAUGUAAAUGUUUAUUUACGUUGCCUUCUUUUCUGUAAUAUUUGUUCUUCCUAAAUCUCCUUUAUAAUUCUGUAAGUUUUUGAGAAAAUAAGCAUUCUUCAUAUUUUUAAUUGUAAUCUAAAUGGAUAUAAAUGAUAGUGGAGAGUUAGAUGAAAAUCGUUUCAAAUCGUAUAACAAUUCUACUAGUUUCGAUUUAAUUGAUUCCCUGUCUGAUAGAUUAUAGUACAUAAUUCUUCCUACAUUCAACUGCAAUCACUUGAUUAUCAUUCGUUUAAAAUUUUCCUUAAACAAAUUACUAAUUUUCUACUAAGAAUUUUUUCGGUUACAAUAAUUAAUAUUUGAAAAAUAAAUAAAAAUAUUUCACUCCCUUAUUUUGCUAAAACACCGUAAACUAGUUUCUUAACUGAAUUGAUCUUGCUGUUUCAAAUGCACUUUACUUUUCUUGAGCUUAUACUUGAAGAUGGUGAUGAUUACUCUCAUUUGCUAUUGGAUGAGAACUAUAAGGAAGAAAAAAAUCUAUGAGAAACUAACUUUUGAACAUUAAACGUAAAAACCACAGUUUGAAAAACUCUGAAACUAUCGGACUUGUUCUGUUUAUUUCCAUAACUAAAUGAUGUUAUGUAACGAUUAGACUAAUGAAGCAAACACAAUUCUUUUUUUAAAAACACAAUGUAAUAUUUGUUUUUCAUUUCUGUAACUUUUUUUGAGCUCCAAAUCGUCUUCAUCAUUAUUGUCUGCUGCAGCAGUAUCACCAUGAACAUGGCAAGUUUUUUCAUACUUUCACGAAAAAUACAUUUGGCAUUAUUGUUAGAUAUCAUGUGUUUCAUAUUUCUCUUUUGAUUAUACAUAUUUACGUAUGGUGAUGUUUGACGCGGUUCACAUUUUUACCUGAAAUCAAUAGAAGUAAAUUUCAUCUUACGUAAAUGGGAAAACAUGAAAUGUGUUGAUUUAUAAGAUAACAAAAUAUCGUCUAUAAAAUACAAUAUAAUAAAUUUCAGUUUAAUCAUCUUUAUUCCUAUUAUUUUUUAAAUGUAAUUCGCUAAUGACUCAUGAACAUGCAUCUUGAAUGAGACGACACUAAUUGAUAAAAACAAAACAAUUAUGAUACUUGGCCAAAAAUCUAAUUAUUUGGAUUUAAUUUUCAUUGAGUUUGAAUAAGAAAUUUCAUAAUGCUUUUUUUUACUAUGAAAUGAUAGUACGUAGUGUCCAGGUGGACUGAUGGUUUUAGAUGGUGAAAUCAGGAAAUAUUGUGAAUGGCGGUUUUUUAGUAAACAGAAGUGGAUGAAUUUCACGAUGAGGUUCUACUGUAUUAUAUUUUGUGAUUACACUAUCUUUUUAUUGAACAAGAGAAUCGAUCAUUACAGAAAAUCACUUAAAAUAUUUCAAAUAAACAGGAGAAUUUUUUUUACCGAAUCAUCCAGUUUUGUAAAUACAUUUUAAAAUCUCGAUAACAAGACUAAUGCACUGUUUAAUUUUCACAUUUUUGAAAACUCCAUUCCAGUGAAUGAUGUGCACACAUUUCCUGUGAUUCUAUCACCACUAAAAAAGUACCAUACGUAAGUGGAAUGAUCAGCUGUUGCUUUUGAAAUUCCUUUUUCGAUGUCAGAAUAAGUUGGUAGAAAAAAGAAACUACAAAGAACAACACCUAUCUUCAAAGAAAUGGAUGACGUUUCCUUAUUCGUUGUUAAUCUGCUUUAAUUUAAGGAAUGUUUCAAAUACAAGAGAAUUAUAAAUUUCGAUAAAUCAAUCAGAAGAUGGAGUUGACCUAAAAAAAAAUGUGAUAUGUUUGCGCAAUACAUUUCGAACAAUCUAGUCACACAUAUACUUGUUACAGCAUUUUAUAUAAAAAUUAAUAAAGGUCAAUUAAAUGAAAUCUCGAGUAAAAAUGGUAACAGAGGGAAGAGAACAAUUUUUAAAUCGUAUAGAAAGGAUAAGAAUUUGUUGCAUAAAAUGACUUGAGGAUUACCAGGGUAAAUUCAAGGUUACGACAAAUUGUUUUUGUACACAAAAGGGGGGUUCAAGUUUACGAAUAGCCAAGCCUUCAAUAAACCUGAGAAUUCGUUUUUGCCAAAAGAAUUAGAAAUAUUUUUACAAGUUGUUCUUAAUCGAAAAGCAUCAAAAAUACAAAUUAGUCAGAAUGUUUGCAAAAAUAUUAUAAAUGCAUGAAUAUUAUAAAGUAGAAAGUAAUUCAUGAAAUAAAUAUCGAGUUCAAAAUGACCACAGUAGAACAGAACAAUAUAAGCUAAAUUCCCCAAGAGUAACAUAGAUGAAAUUAGAUUACUGAAGCUUGAUAGUAUGAAGAACAAAAGUCAGUACGGUAUUCAGUACGUUCUUUCGAUCUCUAAACUCUAGUAUUAAGUGGAUUUUAUUUCCCGAAUAUGGCGAAGACUUGCUCUAACGAAAAUACAUAAAAACCUAACAACUAAUCUCAGUAAUAAAAUACUGAAAGAUCUAUCAAAACUUAUGAUAGUUUCUCAGAUAAUGAAUAAAAAGUGGGGUGAAUAACCAACACAAUUACUGUACUGUUAAAUAUUUUAUAUUACGUUUAAACAUACCAUAAUAAUGCAGCACAAUUUCAUACUACGUACUUAGAAUUUCACUUCUUGAUUAUGUCUUGUCAAAGUGCUAUACUUAUCGGGAUUAAUACUAUUUCGUCAUAUUAUUUCAAAUUCACAUCUGAUGUCGCAACACAAAUAGAUCCAAGUAACUUGGAGAAAUCGCCCAUCAACGUCUCACCCCGAGAAGUGUAAAAAAGCAUAGUUCAACAAAUUAGUUCGUGUUUCCAAUCAGACUAUUACACUUUUCAUGGCACACUUUCAGACACCAGCUUCUAAGCGCAAAUUCAGUGAACAGCUGUGUAUCCAACUUCGCGACUACCUGAUUGCUGUUGUGAACAAUUCUAAACCAAAUAAGCAGUUUAUACAAAUCCCUUUGAGAUGGUGGUGAAGAUUUGUAGCUCAGGUAAUUGGUUUUGGUGAAGUUUUGUUCUCUGAGCUGGAUAGUUUUAGUCGUGGGGCUUUCAUCGUUCUUCUGAACGACAUCAUCACAAACUUCAGAUAACCAAAGACUUCUGUUUUACUUACGAAGAUGUCAAUUAUAAUCCACUUAAUGCCGUUAUGAAACAACAUGAAGUUUUAUUGUCGAAUUUGAAUAAAUGUACCGUACUGCAAAAACCUCAGACUUCUAACAAGAACAGUUACGAUUCAUUCAGACAAGUAAAUAAUUCAAAAAGCACUUUUAAUUUUUUUCGUGUAGUCUAUCCUGUAUUUCAUAUAGUAAGCCCCGUCUUCAUAUGUCAGGUCAAUUUUGUUAUGCACGUUGCCGUAAGUGUAAAAUGGUUGGCUCCAAGUUGUUUACUACUAAAACGAUAGUUGUUCAAGACCAGUUGAUUUGAACAAAAAGUUGGAUUCGUUGUCUCUCAC